AUGAUCUUGACGCCGAAUCGCAUCCAUCGAGCCCCAAUAGGCUUUGGACCAGCGCCGUCGCCACGUCAAGCUCCGGAUGGGAGCAGGUUCGACUGGUCAAAUGCGCGCACCACCACGAUUGGUCUGGUCCUGGAAGCACACCGAGACUCGAUCAACGCCAUGCUGCCUGAGGGCUACGUUGUGGAUCGCCUGACACCGCACCCCACAGUGCUAUUCAAAGUGAUGGAGUUGCGCAACCUGCCCUGGCUGGCUGGUCGAGGAUACAACACGUUGGGCAUCUACCUCAACGAUGUCAUCUGCCAACGAGUCUCUCCGCCUGUCAAAGCGUCCACGGGCAGAGAGGAACUCGGUUUCCCUAAAGUGUUCGCCGAGAUUGCCGAUGCCACCAUCACGCUCACGGGUGAGCAGGAGAAAAGAGUCCAUACACUGAGCUGGGGUGGGUACGAGUUUUUGCGUCUCGAGCUAACCCUCGCCUCAUUCGACACGGUACAAAGCCCAGCACUGCAGCCAGACAAGAGGCUCUACACGCACCCCACAAAGACCGGCUUCUUGCACCAGCGUUACAUUCCCGCGGUGGGAAUCCCCGGCCAAGCCGAUGCCAACUAUGCGACGUUCUGCCCUCCGCCACCUUGGCCCCCUUCGGGCGCAGUGAAGCUCGAGAUUCAACGUGGGGGCUUCCAACACUUGCCGACACUGUACAAUGUAGUGGAUGCGCUGGCGGACCUCAAGAUCGUCGAGUGCAAAGAGGUGGCGCUGCAGCAGUUCAUCGGUGCUAGCGACCUAGCAAGCAAUCAUCGGAUCGAACAGUAG